AGAGGCCGGAAAGGCAGCUGGAUGUGUCUGUCUAUCAGUGGGAGCUGUCUGAACGCACCGCGCAUCACCAAUGUGCGCACAUUUCACUGCGGAGAAUAUCCGGGGACGCUCGUUGCGCUUUUGAGAAUAAAUAAUAAUAAAUAAAAGCCAGGGGACAGUAAGAACAGCAGUCUGCGGCUCAGAGGGCGGGCCUGCUCGCUCUGUUUUCUGAUGAGUUUCUGAGAAAUUCGUCAAGUGUCCAUGUUGACAAUCGGGCGGACAGUGUAUAUACCAGAGCUGGCACCUGGACGGACGGAGGGGAGAGAAACACUACAACAGCAGUUUGGACUCAUCUCCACCACCCGAGUGAGUUACAGCGCAAGAAGAGGAGCUCCGUUUCCUUCACGUCUGCUGUGAACAGAGGUAUGAAAUAGUCCGGUGAGGGGGUGUAAACCUCUUUUGAUGGGAACGCGGCGAGGGGCUCAGGCAGCUGUCCAUAUCCCUGCUCGAUAAGACUGAGAUCCGCACGGAGCUUCUUUCAGCCAGUUUCUCACCCGACUCAGCCGGCGAUGAGUUUAUGUGAUCGGCAGAAGUUAAUGGACGAGCCCGUUUAGCUCCAGAUCGUUUCUAGUCUUCAUUUUUCUCACCGGACAUACCGAUUAUAAAAUGACCAGAGACGCGUAGAGAUUAAACCUCCACUUGCAUCGCCUGAUUAAAAAAAGAGAGAGACUUCUUCACCCUGCGAGGGAUCUACACUGUAAUUCUAUCAUCCCGCUGAAGAACUGAGGAAACGCUACUGGCUUUGAUUUCCUCCCGUUGCACCGGUUUCCUCUCCAGCUUGUCCGCUAUUUUGAUCUCUGCAUGAAAAGUCAAGCGGAAAGUCUUGCAGCAGCAUGCCGAGGAGAAAGCAGCAAGCACCGCGGCGGUCAGCAGCUUAUGGACCUGAGGACGAAUUUAAAUUGGACAAGAUUGAUGAAGAGGAACAUCUGCAGGAUGAUGGCCUCUCUCUGGACGGUCAAGACGCAGACUAUUUGUUCAAUGAGGACGAGGAUGGAAGAGAUCGCUUUAGCUGCCAAAACUCUCCACUCAGCAAUGGCACUAACCCAGACGCUGGGUAUGCUUCUCCACUCAGCACCACCAGUGACCAACUGGUGGACCUUAAGACCACAUCCUCCUUUAGUGAUGGUCAAGACAAGGUAGAGGAGAAGCUAGGGGAGAGCACAGAGUCCAUUAAUGGCCUCUCACUACAGGACAGUCUGGCAAAAAUGAAAGCCGUCUAUGCAAACCUGAUCUCGGAUGCCUCCUGGUCCAGCAUUGCUCUGGACAUGCUUAAAAGUAAGCAAGGGAACAAUUUUGCAGCUAGCAAUGGCAAUGGGAGCAAUCACAAAGGGAGCAAUGGGUUCAUGAACAGCCAUAGCCCAGGUAACAUCCAUGUGAAGAGCAGAUGUAGCAGUAGCAACGCCUCAGCCACUACUAAUAUUACCACCAGCAGUACCACCACAAAAACAGUGUCAAGCAGCAACAACACUGGCACUAGUGUAAGCUCUGGCAGCACAGGAGGUUUAGCGUAUGACUGGCACCAGGCAGCGUUGGCCAAAACCCUACAGCAUACUCCAUACCAACUCCUUCCUGAGCCUAGCCUUUUCAGCACCGUGCAGCUUUACAGACAAAACAAUAAGCUCUAUGGGCCGGUGUUUACUGGUGCUAGCAAGUUCAGGUGCAAGGACUGUAGUGCAGCCUAUGACACUUUGGUUGGCCUGACGGUACAUAUGAACGAGACAGGCCACUACCGUGAUGACAAUAAGGAUACCGAGGAUGAUCGAAGCAAGAAGUGGUCAAAGCCACGCAAGCGUUCCCUGUUGGAGAUGGAAGGCAAGGAAGAUGCCCAGAAAGUUCUUAAAUGCAUGUACUGUGGCCACUCUUUUGAAUCUUUGCAAGAUCUUAGUGUUCACAUGAUCAAAACAAAACACUAUCAGAAAGUGCCUCUAAAAGAACCAAUGCCAACCCUCGCCUCAAAGCUGGUACCCCCAACCAAAAAAAGAGCAUUUCAAGACUUGAUUUCCCCAAGCUCACCAGAGUCGGUCUCAUCUGGCAUCAUCCUGGGAGAGUCUCCUAAAGACCAAAAACUGACCAAUCCCUAUGUCACUCCUAACAAUCGAUAUGGUUACCAAAACGGUGCAAGCUAUACUUGGCAGUUUGAGGCACGCAAGGCACAAAUUCUUAAAUGCAUGGAAUGUGGCAGUUCACAUGAUACCUUGCAACAACUGACAGCCCACAUGAUGGUCACAGGACACUUUCUUAAAGUCACAAAUUCUGCCUCUAAAAAGGGUAAGCAGCUAGUUUUUGAUCCUGUCAUUGAGGAGAAAAUUCAGUCGAUUCCUCUGCCACCAACUACCACACGACUCCCAGCACCCAAUGGGAAGUCACAACCUGAUUCCCCACUGCAGCCGUCUAGCCCUGAGGAGAAAAAUGAAGAAAGGAAAGAUGAAGAGAUGGAAGAAGAGAGAAUGGAUCUAAUGGAACCAGAGAAAAAAAUUAAAGAGGAGAAAGAAGAUCCCCCUGAAAAAGCUGAUAAACCUGGAAAGGCCAAAUCUUACCAAUAUCUGAGAGAAGAAGACUUGGAAGAGACGCCUAAAGGUGGCUUGGACAUCCUAAAGUCUUUAGAAAAUACAGUUUCAAGUGCAAUCAGCAAGGCCCAAACAGGCACGCCAACCUGGGGUGGAUACCCCAGCAUUCACGCUGCCUAUCAGCUCCAUGGAUCUUUGAAGUCUACCUUGCCCUCAUGUGCACAGGUUCAGCCUUUGUUCAGCAGCAACAGUUUGAAGGUGCUGCCCUCUGAUUUAGGUACUCUGAUCCAUUCACCAAAUAGCCCCUCUCCCCCUCCAAGUCACAAGAGCAAUGUGCUGGCCAUGGAGGAGCUAGUGGAAAAAGUAACAGGGAAAAGUUCAGUUAAGACUGAAAAAGAAGAAAAACCUGUAGAGAAUAAGUGCAGGUCCGCAAAGUCACCGUUGCCAAAUUCUAAGGACAAGCGAGUUUCACCCAAUCCAGAAAAUCUCUCAAAAGCAGUAAAAAAUAAUGCAGCAGAGGACCAGACUGAGUCAAGAGAUAGAGAAGGAGAGCAGGCAGAGAGUAAAGUAGAGAGACAGAUUAAGAGUGAAGUUGAUUCACCACAAAAGCCUGUAAGCAAUGGCUGCAAUAACCUGAGCAUCAUCACUGAUCACUCGCCUGAACAACCACUUGUCAACCCUCUCAGUGCUUUGCAGUCUAUCAUGAACAACCACUUGGGGAAAGCUUCAAAAGUGGCCACCCCCUUCAUAGACCCCUUUGCAAUGCUAUAUAAGAUCAACAGCAACUCUGCCCAGAUUAAGUCGCCAGAGCCUGUAAAUCAGUACCACGAUGACGAUGAUGAUCAGCCCAUGGACUUGACAAAAUCCAAAAACACUAAUGGAGGUGCAGCUAAGGGUACUUCUGCCACACCGAACAACAGUACCAACAUUACCAACAGCAAACCAGUUUUCAGAGCGUUCUCUCAGUCUUCAUCUCCACCCCUGCGGGAGAAUGCUUUGAUGGAUAUUUCAGACAUGGUGAAAAACCUGACUGGCCGUUUGACACCAAAGUCUACAACCCCAUCUUCCAUCUCUGAGAAAUCAGACAUCGAUAGCUGUACUUUUGAGGAUGGCUUGGAGGAGUUGUCUCCCAUCCAAAGACGGAAAGGCAGACAGUCAAACUGGAAUCCUCAGCACCUCCUGAUCCUCCAGGCCCAGUUUGCCUCCAGUCUUAGGGAGACUCCUGAGGGAAAGUUUGUAAUUAGUGACUUGGGACCCCAGGAGCGGGUCCACAUCUGUAAAUUCACUGGUCUCUCCAUGACUACUAUCUCUCAUUGGCUGGCCAAUGUAAAAUACCAGUUAAAGCGGACAGGGGGCACAAAGUUCCUAAAAAAUAUUGACUCUGGCCAGCCUCUGUUUUUGUGCAGUGACUGUGCAUCCCAGUUCAGGACUCCGUCUUCCUACAUUCACCACUUGGAGUCCCAUCUUGGGUUUACCCUGAAGGACCUGUCAAAGCUAUCCAUAGACUUAAUAGAGCAGCAAGCGGUCAGCAGAAUAGAGGACAAAACUUUCAGUUCCUCUGGACUCACAGAAGAAGACACAGGCUCGAUGUAUCAGUGCAAACUGUGCAACCGGACAUUUGUGAGCAAACAUGCAAUUAAAUUGCACCUUUGCAAAACACAUGGAAAGUCCCCAGAGGACCAUCUCAUCUUUGUGAAAGAGUUGGAAAAGUUUGACAAACAAUGAAGUCAGAUAAAGCUGACAGCAUGACGGAUUACUGUUGCACUAUAACUCUUAAGCUACAAUCUGUCAUUACAGAUAGUGCCACAACUGUAUUGUCCAUUGCUGCGACGUAUAUUAUAAUGAAAACAUGGUAGCUUUAAUACCACAUUAAUUAUUCAAUUAUCUAUAAAUGGCAGGAGCUUGCAAUGCAGACGCUCAAAGCUGUGUUGUAAAAGUCAAACUUUUGGUGACAUAAAUGUACCAAAAUGGUGCAGCAGCCAUGGCACUAUGUAGUCACUGACUGAUUGUUGCUUUCAUAAUGCACUGCAUCUUAUCUGAGCCUUUGGUUGUUUUAAAACUGGACCAUGCUCUUAUUUUGAUCACUGUUUUUAAGAUAAAUAUAUUUCAACACAACUUGCAUAUUAUUUAUGAGACAGUUUGUGCAUGUUUUUUUUUAUGUAAAGCAGUGAACAUAUUAUGUCUAAUGAAAUUUAAACCAUGAUGACAAAACUAAUAUCCCUGGUUAGCAAAUUUCGGAUACAGACAUUUAUAUGAAGGUACAUGGUUAUGAAGUUAGCCAUGUGAAAGAAGGUGUUCUAAAAUGUUAAGAUGAUUUCAGCACUUUAAGGAAGUGUAAAUUGAUGAAGACAUGUAUGGGAAAAAAAUUACAGCACAUCACCAUUUUGAGUUUUAAUUUCCUUGAUCAACAUGGCAAUUUGAGGACUAAUGAUGAUAUUGUUUUGUAUAUGCCAUUAAAUUACAAAAAGUCUCACAAAAUGUCAAGAAUCUUUGUUUCUCUAGUAAAAUAUAAUUUCCUGGUUGUUUCAACAUGUACAGUAUUUGCGUUAGUAGGCUACCAGUUUUAUUAUUGUGAAGCUACAGUUGUAAAAUUAAUGAAGUUUAAAACUUAUUGUAUGAAUAAUCAGCAAGUAUGUAUACAUGUAUGUCAGCAUAUCUUGCUCUUUACAGUUCAACAUUAUUUGUACUGUGUGCAUUUUUAUAAUGUUAUUUUCUAGACAAAUAUGGGGGAAAAUGUAUAUAGCUACAGAAUAUUGUUGGACCGCAAUGCCCUUUUUCAGUGAAAAGUAGGUCCUUCAAUGUGGUUUACAUAAAAUGACAGAAUUUUACUGGCAUCUGCUCUGAUGCAUGGUAUUGUACAUAACAUUGAAGAAAAAAAAAAUCUCACGCAAUGAUAGAUUUCCAGGUUUUGUCAUCGACCCAGUUAUUCAAAAUGGCAUUCUUUUAUCCUCAGUUGUAAAAUAAACUCCAUGUCCUGGA